AUGUUGAGGUAUUUGAAGAAAAUACGAGAUGAACCUACUUCAAACAAGUCAUCUCCCCCUCCACCACCUCCUCCUCCUCCGCCUCCUCCACCAGCUCCUCUUGAUGCUGACUCAAAUGAGUAUCCUAGUGAUCCUGGGCUAAGAAAACACAUUCUUGAGUAUAAUGUUAAUGAAAGGGAGAUUGUUCGACGUUACUAUUUGCAAAAAGAAUACAGCAUUGCAAAAGAUGCGACUUUUUGUCUUUAUUGCUAUUUAUUAAAAGCGGAUCAUGGUGGCCAAAGUGGCGGUGAUUCUUUUGUUACUGAGGGAUUUAAAAAUUGGAGAAAGAAAGAAAAAUUUAAUGAACAUGUUGGAAAUCAGAGCAGCAUUCACAACAGAUCCAUUGCUUAUUUAACCACUAAUUCUAUUCUUGGAGAUCUCGGUGAUGAAUUAUUUACUAUAUUGGUUGAUGAGGCUCGUGAUAUAUCUGUUAAAGAACAAAUGGCAGUUGUUUUACGGUUUGUAGAUGAAAGGGGAAAUAUUGUUGAGCGCUUUCUAGGCAUUGUACAUAUAAGCGACACUACUGCCUUAUCACUUAAAACUGCUAUUGAUUCUUUGUUGUGCCAACAUGGAUUAUCUAUAUCUAAUUUACGGGGGCAAGGAUACGAUGGAGCUAGUAAUAUGAGAGGAGAAUUCAAUGGCUUAAAAAGCUUAAUUAUGAUGGAGAAUCCUUCUGUUUAUUAUGUUCAUUAUGUUGCUCAUCAACUGCAACUUACACUUGUAGCUGUUGCUGAAAAUCAUAUAAAAAUUUCUACUUUUUUUGAUGUGGUUGCACAAUUGAACAAUAUUGUUGGAGCAUCAUGCAAGCGAAGAGAUAUACUUCGCGAGAAACAAUUUGAAAAAGUUAUUAAAGGAAUUUGCAAUGGUGAUAUCUUCACUGGACAAGGUAUGAAUCAAGAGAUGACAUUAAAAAGAGCUGGGAGUACACAUUGGGGUUCACAUUAUAAUACAUUGUUAAGUUUGAUACAUUUGUAUCCUUCAAUUAUUGAUAUCCUUUUAUUUUUUGAAGAGGAGGGAAAAGAUCACAAGCAAAGGGCACAAGCAAAUAAUCUGUUGGAAUUGAUUGAAAAAUAUGAAUUUAUAUUUCAGAUGCACUUAAUGAAGAAUAUCUUGGGAGUCAUGAAUGAUUUGUCGCAAGCUUUACAAAGAAAAGAUCAAGACAUUGUAAAUGUCAUGAUUCUUGUAAGAUCAAGCAAACAUCAAUUGCAAACUAUGAGAGAUGAUGAUUGGGAUUUGUUACUAAAUGAAGUUUCUUUAUUUUGUGUUAAGUAUGAGGUAGUCACCCCGCACAUGGAAGACUUGUUCGUCUUUCAUGGGAGAUCACGACGAAAUAUUGUAGGAAGGACAAAUCUUCACUAUUAUCGUGUUGAAACGUUUUAUGAAGUGAUAGAUUGGCAACUUCAGGAGUUGAAUAGUCGCUUUAACGAGGUGAACACGGAGUUGUUGUUGUGUAUGAGUUGUCUUGAUCCAUCAAAUUCAUUCUCUGCUUAUGAUAAGAGAAAACAGUUUGCUCAGUUUUGUCCAUCCGAUUUUUCCCCAAUGGAGUUAAUGCAUCUUGAGCCCCAACUUGAUAACUUUAUUUUUGAUAUGUGGAGUAGCAAUCAAUUCUCUGAGGUUGUGGGGAUUAGCCAGCUUGCUAAAAGGAUGGUUCAAUUGAAAAAACAUCGUCUGUCUCCUUUGGUAUAUUUACUUUUGAAGUUAGCAUUGCUAUUACCUGUUGCAACUGCAACUGUAGAGAGAGUGUUUUCAUCAAUGAAAAUAAUCAAAAUCUCACUUUGA